AUGGAUGGAGACAGCCACGCUGAUGAGAUGUCGAAGCUAAGUAGAGAGGAGAGCGAGGCCAGAUUCGAGAUAGUGGAGUUGCAGAUAGAAUUGGAGCACAUGGUGAGAAGCAACCAAAUAGAAACACAGAUGAGAGAAAUGACUUUCGAACUUGAAAAGCUCAGACUAGAACGGGAAAUCAAGCGUAAGGAAGUUCGGAGACUCGCAGAACAACCAGUAGACUCAGAUGAAACGUUAAUAACCAACUUGCAGCUCCUUGCUAACGUAGCAGUGGCCAGUACCACCGCCAAGACAACUCCCACGGAUGAGGAUGCUGACACAACUAGUACUAGCAGACCCCCACCGGAGGUAUCGGCACAGCAGAACUUGGACCCACAAGCACCUGUCUUCAAACCAACAGUUGAGAACAGCCACCCACCUGGGAUACCGUUUCCCCAGGUACCGCCUACAAUGAACCCGCCCUUUUCGGAAGAUCAGUUUGGGGAACUCAUUAAGAUGUUUACAGGCCAGAUAACGAUCGGACGGCUUCCACCACCCGAGCCCACAGUCUUCAGCGGUGAUGCCCUCAUGUACCCAGCAUGGAAAGCGGCAUUUCAUACACUAAUAGAAGGUCGAGGGAUACCUAAGAGGGAACAGAUACACUACCUACGGAGAUAUUUGUCGGGCCCCGCCAAAGAGGCCAUUGAAGGUUACCUGUACAUGGAUACUGAGGAGGCAUACAUUAGAGCAAAGGAGGUUUUGGAAAAACGGUUUGGUGAGCCAUUUGUCGUUGCUGAUGCGUUCCGUAAGAAGUUGGAGUCAUGGCCUAAGGUUGGAAAUCGUGAUGGGACGGGAUUGAGGAAACUCAGUGAUUUCCUACAGCAAUGUAAUACAGCAAUGAGUUCCAUUGGUUAUCUCAGCAUUUUGGACGAUUGUCGUGAAAACCGUAAAAUACUGGCCAAGUUACCAGAUUGGUUAGUAUCGAGAUGGGGGAGAAAAGUGUCAGACUAUAAGCUCGUAACUGAACAGUUUCCACCCUUUCGUGUGUUCGCUGAUUUUAUGUCUCGUGAAGCCGACAUUUCUUGUGAUCCUAUCACGUCGCUACAGUCUCUUCACUCUGGUGCCACUGGUAACGCCAGGACAGGGGACAAGCCUACAACAGGGUCGUCGCAUGGGCAUGAAAAGAGAAGCCAUGAAAAGAUGUCUUCCCUUGCUACUGAGACAACUGAACCCAUGAACAGCCAUCGAAAAUCCACUAUGACAGGUUCCUUUGUUGAUAAGAAGAAAUGCGUUUGCUGUGAAGAGGUCCAUAUGCUUGAUGAUUGUCCGGUGUUCUUGGCGAAGACACUGGAGGACCGUAAGCAAUUUGUCAAGGCAAACCGUCUUUGUUUUUCCUGUAUGAAAAAGGCACACCAAGCUAAGGACUGCAAGAGACGCUCCAAAUGUAAAAAGUGUGAGAGAACUCACCCUACUGCACUACAUGAUGAGACACGCUUUAUCCAGGUCAACAGUACGGUAAAAGACAGUGGAUUGAAGGAAGAUAAGACAGAAAGGGCCAGCGUCAAACAUAGCGGAAUCAGUCAUGUUGGCGGUUGUGACAGUGCAUCGGUCAGUAAGAGCUCCAUGAUAGUACCGGUCUGGGUGUCUCACGAGGACCGGCCUGAGUAUGAGAUACUAUCGUACGCCAUGUUGGAUACUCAAUCCGAUACCACGUUUGUAUUAGAGAACACUCGGAAAACGCUUGGCUUGGUUGGGACAAAGUCACAUCUGAGUUUGUCGACCAUGUCUAGAGAAAACGAAAUCAUAGAAACUGUUAAAGUCAAAGGAUUGGUCGUCAGAGGGAUGAACAGUGACUUGAAAAUAAAUCUGCCUCCAUCCUUCAGUCGUGAUGUGAUGCCGAUGAACCGGGAACACAUUCCCACCCCUGAGAUUGCGAAUGUGUGGCCCCACCUGACUAGGAUUGCAUCUGAAUUGCCACCACUCCAGGAUUGCAACGUCGCGCUGCUGAUCGGGUACAACUGCCCCCAGGCCUUGGCCCCAAGAGAAGUUAUAGCCCUCUCCGCUAAUGCACCCUAUGCCCAGAGAACGGAUUUGGGAUGGGGUAUAGUAGGAACCGUAGAUCCGAAUCAAAUCGACAUGACGGGUGACAACAUAGGUGUGAGCCAUAGAAUUGUUACGUAUGGUGACAAAACCAGCGCUGAACAUUGCCAAGAACAAAGAACACUAGUCAUGCCAAACCGUAUUAAAGAAAUCAUCACCAUCCUCGAGUCUGAUUUCAAGGACGCUGAUGUCAAGGACAGCUGCGGACCACAGUCUUAUGAAGACAAAAAGUUCAUGGGCAUACUUGAUGCUGGCAUAGUGCAGCGUGCCGAUGGUCACUACGAGAUGCCACUGCCUUUUAAGGGAAACCGACCAGAGCUACCAGAGAGUCGGGGAAAGGCGCUGAGGAGACUAAAUCAGCUGAAGUUGAAGCUCAACCGGGAACCGGCUUACAGGGAUAAGUAUGUAGCGUUCAUGCAAAGGAUGAUCGAUAAGGGUGAUGCCGAGCUUGUACCAUGGGAUGCUCAGUCAUCAAAAGAGCACUCCUCACAGCAUUGGUACGUGCCACAUUUUGGAGUCGUGAAUGCCAAGAAACCCGACAAAGUCAGAGUCGUCUUCGAUUGCCAAGCAGAAUGUGCCGGACACUCGAUAAAUAAACAUCUGCUGCAGGGACCAGACCUGACCAACUCCCUACUAGGCGUCCUUUGCCGCUUCCGCCAAGAGACCGUAGCAAUCACAUGUGACGUGGAACAAAUGUUCCAUCAGUUUAAGGUAGCUGAGGAGGAUAGAGACUAUCUUCGAUUUUUAUGGUGGUCCGAUGGUAAACUCGAUGAGCAGCCCAAGGAGUACCGAAUGACUGUGCACCUUUUUGGAGGCACAUCAUCCCCAUCAUGCUGCAACUUUGGAUUUAAGCGACUGGCAGAUGACUAUGAAGCUGAGUAUGGACACCAGGCUGCUGAUUUCAUCAGAGAUAAUUUCUACGUUGAUGAUGGCCUAACAUCGCUACCAAGCGAUGGAGAAGUCAUACACUUGCUUGAAAACACUCAGAAACUGUGUAAAGAGGGAGGACUGCACCUUCACAAGAUCAAUUCUAACUCAGACGCUGUGAUCCAGAGUGUAGCAGAAAAGGAUAGAGCCGCUAAGAAUAGUACGCGCCUACUAACUGAGAGCAAUAUUGUCACUACUCAUGAGCCUACACUGGAUCGGGCCCUGGGGAUAUACUGGUGUGUAACAUCCGACACGUUUCAGUUCAAGAUCGUCCUGCGAGACCGCCCCAACACCCGACGUGGUAUUCUGUCAACUAUUGGGACCAUCUAUGACCCAAUGGGCUUAAUUGGGCCUGUGCUUCUGAUCGGCCGGCAGAUAUUGCAAGAACUCUGUGCUCUUGACCUAGAUUGGGACAGUCAACCACCUGAAGACAUACUACUGAGAUGGGAACGCUGGAGAGAUGAUUUGUUUACCUUGGAUCAGCUGAAAAUCCCUCGUUGUUUGAAACCAGCAGAUUUUGGUGAAGUCACAUCCAUAGGUCUUCACCAUUUCUCAGAUGCUUCGCAGCUUGCUUACGGACAAUGUUCCUAUGUAAGAAUGGUAAAUCAAGAAGGAAGAGUUCACUGCAGUCUUGUCCUGGGAAAGGCUAGAGUAGCUCCUUUACGCCCAAUCACCAUACCACGACUCGAACUCACAGCUGCGGUGCUAUCUGCGAAUAUGAGUGCUGUUGUCAGGAGAGAGCUGACUUACAAGAUAGACUCUGAGACUUUCUGGACUGAUAGUACUGUAGUCCUAGGGUAUAUACAGAACGAUGCAAAACGCUUCCACGUCUAUGUCGCGAAUAGAAUCCAACAGAUUCGGGACAAGAGCAAGUCGAACCAGUGGAGACACGUUAAAGGCGAGAAUAACCCAGCAGAUGAAGGAUCCAGGGGAGUAACUGCGACGAGAUUUGUACAGCCUGAGAUGACAAAAUGGUUGACCGGACCUGCCUUCCUGUGGGAGACCAAACUGCCAGACGCAUCUGACAUUGAGAGUGCACUAUCACCCAAGGACCCUGAGGUGAAAAGUGUUGCCCUGGUCACCAAAGUCACCAAAACAGAACCAGGCCUCAUACCAGAUCGCCUGACACGUUUCUCUUCCUGGAGCAAAGCUAAGACUUCGAUUGCCACCUGUCUUCAGUAUAAACGCCGUUUGAGGGACAAAGCCAAUGGAGCACAGCUGAAACCCAAGACACUUGACACAUCCGAUCUAAAAGAGGCUGAGACGGAGAUCGUGAAAAGGAUACAAGCCCUGGCUUUCGGAGAAGAGAUUGAGACAUUGAAGCAGUUGAGACGUACAAAGGACAAUGUCACAACCAAGAAAAAUGCCAUCGAUAGGAAGCCAGUCUUGAAGGACAACUCGAGAUUGCGUAAGCUGGACCCCUACCUGGAUGGAGAUGACGUACUACGAGUGGGUGGACGGAUUAGGAGGGCUGACUUCCCGAAUGAGGUAAAACAUCCUGCGGUCUUGCCUAGAGACAAUCAUGUAACAACCCUGGUCAUACGGCACUUCCAUGAGGCCCAGGGACACACAGGACGUGGGAUGACGGUAAAUGCUAUCAGGUUGGCUGGGUUUUGGAUUCUCGGAUUUUGA